CGGUGCCCUCCCGCGGGGGAGAGGAAGGCGGGAGGCGGUGACGGCGAGGUGAUGGCGACGUUCUUCGGAGAGGUGGUGAUCGCUCCUUCCCGGGCCGGCGUGGACGAUGAGGAGGAGACCGAGGAGACGGCUGAGGAUAGGGAGAUCCGCAGGGAGCUGCAGCAGAAAAGGGAGAUCACCGCGUUCUGGACGCCGGGAGCCGCCGGGAGCCCUGCCGAGGAACCCCUGCCGUGCUCCAGGUUCGUCGUCGCCGUAGGACACAACGCUGUCGCUUUUCUGUCGUCUUUUAUUCUGGAUUCCUUAUGUUGGAAAGUAGUUGGAGCUGUGAAACUGUGGAAUGAGUGGUGCCAGACAACCAAUGCAACAAGUGUCCUCCCAACAGAUUCUUUCUGCUUGUUCUAUCAAUUAAUAUCAGAUCCAACAAUUUUGUUGUGCCAGUGUAGUUGCUAUGUUGCUGAAGAUCAGCAGUUCCAGUGGCUUGAAAAGGUUUUUGGCCAUAUAAGGAAGGAAGGCUUACAAGUAACCAUUCUUUCAACAUGCCCUGUCGCUGAGUAUAAAACUCAGGAAUCCACUCUGACCCUUCCAUCUCCAUUUCUGAAAGCCUUGAAGACGAAAGAAUUCAAAGAGGAGGUCUGCUGUCCACUGCUGGAGCAACCAAACAUUGUGCGAGAUCUUCCUGCUGCUGUUCUGAGUUACUGUCAAGUAUGGCAGAUUCCUGCAGUACUGUACCAGUGCUACACUGAUAUCAUCAAACUGGACACGGUUACAAUUGAGGCAUUCAAACCUCUGCUUUCUUCUAAGUCCCUGAAGAAUUUAGUCAAGGAUGUAUCCGAAAGCACAAAGAUUUUGAAGAAGUUGCUGACAACUGGUGAAACUCACAAUAAUAUCUAUAUCUAAAGAGGACACUUGCAACACGGAUGACACUUGUUUUAAAUUCCAGUUUCUUCCAGAGAUGGCACUUUGAAAUUGUAGUUAUUUCUUUAAAAGUGGAAUAAAUUCUACUUGAUUUUUACUUCUGAA